CUACCACAGCGACUAUCGAUAAUAUCUAAUGGCAGUGCUCGGUCACACUGCAUUGCUAACGCGCCAUCAAAGUGUUUUGUUUUUACUUUUUUGUUAUUUAGGAGUUACGCUUGUAAAGCUUACUUGCACUAUGUAUAAACAAUUUAAAAAACGUUCGAAGAAACCUCUGAACACGAUCGACGAGAACGCGACCAUGAAAGUGCCCCGCCUGGCAGAGACGACCACAAAUGUUUCAGUUGAGUCCUCAUCCGGUGGGAGCGAGGAUAACAUACCCGCCUCCCAGGAGCAUACACAGCGCUUUCUGUCGCAGCACAGUGUGAUCCUGGCCGCCACUCUGGGUCGCACGCAAUCCUCGAACCGGAACAUUGCCACGCUCUCCCGGCAACCGAACAACUUCUUCGAACUGGUUCUGGUUCGAGCCGGUGUCCAGUUGGACCAGGGUGAUAGUCUGAUAAUGGCCUGCGAUCAUGUAUCCAUUGUCUCCAAGCUGCGGGACAUCUUUACGAGUGCCUCCUCCUAUACCGACAAAAUGGAGACAUUCAAGACGGGUCUGAAUGCUGCCAUGGCGCCCGGAUCAAAGCUGGUGCAGAAGCUUCUAACCGGCUGCACCGUGGACGCAGCUGGCGAGGAGCAGAUCUACCAGUCCCAGAACAGCAUGUUUAUGAACUUCCUUAUGAUCGACUUCAUGCGAGAUGCCUGCGUGGAGGUGCUGUUGAACAGGAUCGAGGAGGUGGCUAGAGCCGACCGAGUCAUCAUGGGUAAAGCAGCUAUUCCCUUGCCACUGCUACCCCUGAUGCUGACUCAACUGCGCUACCUGACCGCCUUGCACAAGGUGGAGAUCUACAGUCGCAUCGAGGUAAUCUUCAACAGGGCCACGGAAUCGGCAAAGCUUGACAUCAUAGCCAAUGCUGAGUUGAUACUCGAUGCCAGCAUGCACGAUGAGUUCGUCGAGCUUCUCAACAUUAACUAUUCCAGCACUGAAGACCUUUUCCAUAUGACCACGGUGCAAACUCUUAGUAACUUAUUUCUUUCGGACAGAACGCAGGCCAAGUUACGACUGCGCAUUUUGGACUUCGCCACAAGUGGUCACUGCCCCGAUGUGAACUUGCCGCAUCUUAUAAGGCUGAUGCUAAACGUUCUGAAAAUAGACACAGAUGACAGCGUGCGCGACUUGAUAGGCAGCUUGCGAGAAAUCUUCAACUGGCGUCACACAACUGUGAGGGAAGAAAACUCAACAACAGGCGACAGUAAGAAGUCUCAGCUGGAACUUUUUGGCUUCCUAGAACUAGCGUUAAUACGCUCGAAAAAGUUUUAUCAAGCAUGCCAGAGGUCAUGUGCUAGUGUGCCUGCUGAAGAAUUUACCUCCUUCGACCUGAUACUUCUGCUUUUGUUGAUACAUGUUAAUGAAGAUAACUCAUUAUACAUCGAAAACAUUCUUCGACGUCGCAUUAAAUUGGAGCAUAUAACAGUGGCCAUUUUGGAAGAGAUACGACUGCACUAUAGACACAUCCUGGAGCAGCACAUUACCACACUGAUAAACAUCCUUCACGACUUUAUGCGAGAGAAAAAUCGCACUGUGUCCGAUUUCGCGAAGUCUUCGUACAGUAUACUUUUUAAGACUUUCAACUCGAUCCAAAAAAAUAUCCUAAAAAAGCUUUUGGAGCUUACCUGUGACAAAUCAUCGCCCCACCUGACAACAAUGGCACUGGAAUUGCUUCGUGAGCUUCAACGAAAGAGCGCCAAGGAUGUUCAGAAUUGUGCCACUCUUCUUAUUCCCAUGCUUGAUAGGAUAAGUGAUCUUACUCUUACACAAACCCGCGUUGCUAUGGACCUUCUGUGCCAUGUUGCGUUUCCGGAUCCGAACCUAUCGCCGUGCCUGCAACUCCAAGAGCAAGUCGAUAUGGUGGUUAAAAAACAGCUGAUCAAUUCCAUUGAUAAUAUUAAAAAGCAGGGCAUAAUUGGCUGUGUGCAGCUCAUCGAUGCAAUGGCACGCAUUGAGAACGAUGGAGUUGAGCGUAACGAGCUUAUAGCCAGCGUGGAAAACGUCGAUUCCUUGCCCGAUGGCCGAGGCAAAAUGGCUGCCAACUUAAUCAUACGCACCGAGUCAUCAAUAGGAAAUAGUACCGAGUCUUUAGCCCUGUUUUUUGAAGAACUGGCCACGGUUUUCAAUCAGCGCAAUGAGGGAAGCACCGGCUGUGACUUGGACUACCAAUUCAUUGCUUGGGUCUGUGACUUAGUGACAUUCCGAUUUCAGGCAAGUUUUGUCACAGAGGAUGUUCCCGAGACUUUAAAGGGAAUUAAACUGGAAUAUCAGUUAAAUAUCAAUGAAUUGGACGAUACAAAUGUAAAUACUGAAUCGGAUGUCCUUAAUAUUGGCAUAAAUAUAUCAAAACUGGUUUUAUCACCGAAAGCGAAAGCUUGUGAUUCAAUAUACAUUCUGGCUCCUCUGUUCAACUGUGUCAGGGUGUUGUACAAACAUCGCCACCAUGACAGCUUAGAGAAUAUCAAUGCCUUGCUGGGCUGUGCCAUCGUGCUGCCUUCUUUCUUUGAGGAUGACAACUAUGUCCCCGUUUUUGACAACUUUGAGGCGGAACAGCAAAAGGACAUUCUGAGCAUUUAUUUUCAGACCAUCAAUUGGAUGAGGGUGUCGAUCAGUGCGUUUGCAUCCCAACGUGAUCCUCCUACUCGGCGUCGAGUUCUUUCUAGACUCGGAGAGCUAAUACGUAUCGAACAGAGAAUAAAGCCCCUCCUGGCUAGAGCGCCUUUCGACUUCGUGGCACCGCCAUAUCAAUUCCUCACCAACGUCAAGCUCUCGAACCAGAAUCUGAAACGUCCAGGACCCAAACCAGCUGCCCAAAUAAACACAACGCUACCAGAACCAGAUUUAAGUGGUAAUCAAACAACGAUCGCUGACUUUACAAUUAAGGUUGGACCGUGCAAGACCAUUAAGAUGAAGACCGACUUUGAGCAGAUGUAUGGGCCGCGAGAGAGGUACAGGCCAAUGGAAGUUGAAAUCAUCAUGCUGUUGGUCGAGCAGAAGUUUGUCUUGAGUCACCAGCUGGAAAAUGAGCAAGUGGGGGAGUUUCUUGGUCUCCUGGAGUUACGUUUCCUGCUGGAAGACGUGGUUCAAAAACUUGAAGCAGCAGUUUUUCGACAGACCGAUUCCUUUGAUGCGGACAGUUUUAAGCCGCAUUUGGCCAAACAGGAAGAUUUUAUUUGCGAUCUACUUCCAUGUCUAAAUGAGGUGAAUAAUCAUCUAAUAACCCUGGCUGAAGCCAUCGACAAUGAGCUUACGAAAGUCAAUCAUGUGUACAGCAAUCUGGAUCUGUUUAAAGAGCAAUUUUGCUAUAUCAAAUCGUGCUUUGGGCUGUGCGUCCGGCUGUUUGCUUUGUACUUCGCCUGGAGCGAGUGGAGUGAUAAGUCGCAGGAACAACUGCUCCAUAAGUCUUUGCUUAAACUACAGCCUAAAGCACAAUGGAAAAGACUAGAGAAGCAAAGUGUCCCUCAGCUGGCAACCCUGACUUUUCAAUACUUUCUAAAGUAUGAGAAAUCCGUAUUGAGUCUCAGUACUGCGGUUCAGAUCUAUCGAUUGCUGUGUAACUUGUUGAAACUGGGGAGUUUACAAAGUGAUGCUAGCCAACCGAGAUUUCAGCAAGCCGAGGAGUUACGGAUACUGUGUGGCACGUUGUUGCGACGUAAAUGGUUCCACUACGCUGGUACUUUGGACAAAGGCGGUCAAUGCAAUAUCUAUUUGGACGAGCUGAUCAAGGGAUUCCUAAAAAAAUCAACUUCCACGAGUCAAACCGAUCUCCUUAGUGAGUUGGUUAAGCAAUGCAGCAUACUCAAUACGAAGGACAAAGCCCUGAAGAGAUCGGUAGAGAUAUAGAGAACAAUAACGUAACAACGAAAUAUGGAUAUCGGAUUUUGAAUUUGGCUUAGUUUCUCGUCGAUUCGUUUGCAUCAAUUGCUCGGGGAAGUAGCGCUUAUGUGAGAGAUAGAUACAGAGAUAGUUAGAGUAAAAUGAGUUCAUUUUUAAGGUCUCCAGUCAUUAAGUAAAUGAAUUUCAUAUAUUCAACAUGAAUGGGCCAAAACAUAUCGAUUUGAGUAGGCGAAUUACUGUUUCAUAUUUUGGUUUUCGGUUUCUGGUUUCUGGAUUUUGGGGCGGGAUCGUUUAUGUGCGCCGUUUAUUAAUCUAUGUGUAUGUGAUAUAGGUCUGCACUAAAACAAAAACUAGGUUUAUUCCUUUGGUAUUUCCGUUUUUUCUUUCAAAAAUAUUCAAAAUGUUUUGGUUAGCGAAUUGUUUAGCUACAGGUUUUCAAUGUCAACAAAUUGGGCACAUUUAACAAUCGGAACUUUAAACGAAAAAACUAAAGAACAAUUAAUUUUUUGUUGUAUUUACUAACAGCGCGGAAAAUGAGCGAAUAAUGACGAAGAGGUUAUAAUGCAAUAGACCCAAGGACAUGGCUUUAACUUGGCUAAAAGCCAUGUCCUCUCAUCUGGUCGCUUGUUAAAAUGUUUCAAUUUUGUGCGGAAGUAUUUGAUAAUUUCAUUCCUUUUGAUUUCGGGGUAUAGCAUUUUAAAAGCGAAAAUUGCAAAACAAAAAUCCAAUUGAUACUUUUUGUAGGCUUCCAUGCGUUUUCAAUUCUGCAAGUAUCGCCCCUAAAAACAUUUAUGGGAUUAAGUACAAUUAAUUGGGGUUGGCCAAUUCUGGUAGCCAAUUGGGGUUGGUGGUUUUUUUUUGGUGCUGGGCUGGUUGGUUUUUGGGGUCUUUUGCUUUGUUUAUGGUUGCUGUUGCUGUUGGUUUUUGGAUC